AAGGGCUUCAACUUUCAUAUUGAGACUUUAACAAGAAGGUGAAAGGACAUGAGAAAAUACGGCUUGAACAGUUUCAAGGAUUUAGUUUUCAGAAAUCCUGCUGCUGUAGAACAGGAUCUACAUGUGGAUAAUGGGGAUGAGAAUGCUGAGCGUGGAAACUGGUCCAGCAAGAGGGACUAUAUCCUCUCGAUGAUCGGCUACGCUGUUGGACUAGGAAAUAUCUGGAGAUUUCCAUAUUUGGCCUACAAGAAUGGAGGGGGUGCCUUUCUUAUCCCCUAUUUUGCCAUGUUGGUGGUGGCUGGAAUUCCACUUUUCUUCUUGGAAAGUGCCUUUGGUCAGUUCUGCAGCCAAGGAGCAAUUAAUGUGUGGAGAGCAGUGCCAUUACUCCAAGGUGUCGGUGUUGCCACAGUUAUGGUGACUCUGAUAGUAUCAAUUUACUAUAACGUCAUCAUUGCCUACAGCUUGUACUACAUGUUUGCCUCCAUGCAGUUUCCUCUGCCGUGGUCUGGCUGUUUCAGCUGGGCUGACAGCAACUGCAGCAGCACACCUAUAGAGCAUUUGAAUAUAAGUGGUUUGACAGCCAACUGGACUCAGGGAAACAACACUUUUCCUCCAUCCAACACAAUUCCAGUAACAGAACAAAGUCCAAGUGAGCGAUACUGGGAUCACGUGGCUCUGCAGAGAUCUAGUGGUCUAGAUGAGACAGGAUCUGUGGUUUGGCACUUGGCUCUCUGUCUGCUGCUGAGCUCCAUAAUUGUUUGUGCAGCGCUCAUCAGAGGCAUUAAGUCAUCAGGAAAAGUUGUGUAUUUCACAGCCACAUUUCCUUAUGUGGUGAUUUUCAUCCUGCUGGUCAGAGGUGUGACACUAGAGGGAGCUAAAGAUGGACUAAACUACUACAUUGGUUCUCAGUCAAAUUUGACAAAACUGACUGAAGCUCAGGUGUGGAAAGAUGCAGCAACUCAGACCUUCUAUUCUCUCUCUAUUGGCUGGGGUGGACUCAUGACUCUUGCUUCAUAUAACAACUUUCACAACAAUGUGUUUAAGGACUCUUUUGUUGUAACACUUACUAAUGCUGGGACCAGCGUGUUAGCAGGCUUUGCCAUAUUUUCAAUACUGGGACAUAUGGCUCACAUCUACAAAAUACCUGUUCAAAAUGUGGUCAAGGAAGGAUUCGGCCUGGCCUUCAUUGCCUAUCCAGAUGCUCUUUCAAAGCUUCCUAUUUCCCCGCUGUGGUCCAUUUUGUUCUUCUUCAUGCUUCUGACUGUUGGUUUGGACUCUCAGUUUGCAGGAAUAGAGGUUUUGACCACUUGCUUGCACGAUGCUUUUCCUAAAACAUUCAAAUCCAAACGGGCUCUACUGACAAUAACAACAUGCUCCAUCCUCUACCUCCUGGGCCUACCAUGUGUCACAAGAGCAGGAAUUUAUUGGGUGACUCUCAUGGACCAGUUUGUUGCCAGCUGGGUGCUGCUUUUUCUGGUUCUCUUAGAGAUCAUUGGUGUCUCCUUCAUAUACGGUGGAAACCGUUUCAUAAAAGACCUUGAGAUGAUGCUCGGAAAGAAAUCUUCUCUUUUCUGGCUGUGGUGGAGAGCGUGUUGGUUCUUUAUCACUCCCUGUAUCAUAUUGGUCAUAUUGGGAUGGUCUGUGGUCACAUUUACCCCCCCAAGCUAUGGAAAUGUACAAUACCCAGCCUGGGGCUUGGCUCUGGGCUGGUGCAUGAUAGUGUUCGUCAUUAUCUGGAUCCCUGCUGUCGCUGUGUACAGGCUGAUAAAAGCAAAAGGAAACCUUUGGGAGCGUCUGAAGUCGCUAUGCUCCCCAUCUGAAAAGUGGCAUCCCUACCUGGACAUCCAUCGAGGGGAGCGCUACUCAGAAGAAAGCUGCCGCUACAGGAAGAACCAUAAAAAGAAUCCAGAAGUUGAUGUCAGUGUGAUAUCAAGCUCAUGGCUCUGAGACAUAUCAGUGUGUUAUAUAAUGCCUUCCUUUUGCAACUGUGCUUUGAUUUUUGUUUGUUUUGUGACAACCACUGAGGUUUCCAAAGAACUAAACUUUAGAAGGAGGGGGGUUUGUUUGUGUGUAUUUUACAGAAGGGGUGUGAUUUGUCAGCAAUCAAAUGACAGUAAUGGAUUUUAUAAGCAGUGGUUGAACUGGUGAGAGGGUCUGUCUUAAGGCAACUGGUUACAUGAGGGUAAUGUUUAAACUGAAGCGCUGGCUUAAUGUCUAAACCUGGCAAACAGUUCAGGUACCUGGACCUAUUUAGUGUGUGGAAAGCAAAAGCAAAAGUGAAAAUAUGAUGUACUGGGUUAAAUGGGAGAAGAACAUGGAUUACCUGAAUGACUUGUGUGUAGCAUCACACCCUCGUGUUUCUGAACAUGGGACUUUUUCUCUCUGUUUAAGCUAGUAAACAAACCUUUUGUAGGCUGUUGUGCCUUUACAUGACCAUUUCUAUCAGUUUUAUUUUAAUGUCCUCCUGAGGUUGGACACAAAUAUGUGGCUUCUGCAUGCUGAAUCUGUAUUUAAAGGUGUUCUUAGGGACAGAUAAAUCAGCUUUAUGAGUAAAAUGUGUCUGAAAGUUGCCACAAAAUGUGUUUUCUGUGUACUAUUGUGCAUUUUUGUGCAUUUUCAGCAUUUAACUUGGAUUGGUACCUUAAAUCUAUAAAUAUAUGUGAAUCUAUAAUUACAGAUUGUUAAUCUACACUCCACAGGCCAAGCAGUACAUUUGGUAAUAUGUAAAGUUCAUGAAGAAAAUGUCCAAAAGCAUAACUUUAUUCAAGUGGUGUGCAGCUGUCAUUGAUAUGUUUGUUCCACUAUAUUAAGUAAAAAUGUUAUCGCAAGGUUUGUUUUUUUGUUUGUUUGUUUUGUUUUGUUUUUUGCAAUACCAUGCAUGUUGAUGUUACAAUAAUGAUGGAUUAAUUAACAAUACAUUGUGCCCCAAAUGAAACAGAUAUGCAGCUUCUUUUUUUUCAGGGACCUCUUGUUUUAUCUCAUUUUAAACUGACUUCAAUCAUAGUUUGUUAUUUGGGUUUAUUGUCCAAAUGUAUUCUGUAAAGAUGGUGAAGGAAAGAAAGAUGUUGUGGUGACUUUAUUUUCACUCCUGAUACAUGAUUGUUGUCCUGGAAGCAGAACUUUUUAGACACUUUAUGGCUGUCAUCUAAUUACCUCUGUCAGCAUCCUCCUCACAGCUGCUGCAAGGUUCUGCUAACAUUACUCACCCACACUCCACACAGACAGUCUCCCUCUGUUUUUCCUACAACAACUAAAUCACACCCAUAAAUUUGGCAGUGGCAUUAUAUUUGUCUCAAUAUUAUGUGACUGCACUUAAAAAAUCUUUUCUUUGGGUAAAAUUUAACAGAUGUCCAAAUUACUUUGUGAAAAGAUUAAACAUACAAGUGAAGCUGUUAAUGAUAGAGUUGUAAGGUAUUGCUUGAUGGGCAUUAGAUUCAUAUUUCUAUAUCAAUGAUUCAUGGGAGCUUUUAAUUUUUAUUUUUAACAUUUACUCAUUCAAGAUGUUUGUUGAUUGUUUCUACAUUAUAAUCAUGUUUGUCUUUCAAUGCUGAGUAAGGUUAGAGAACAUUUUAUGUUUGCACACAACCUGUAUUUCACCUUUGAUUUUCUAAAAGAAUAAAUUUUUCA